AUGGCAUCCAGCACACCCUCCUGCGACUCCCCGGAAGGACAGAUUGUCUUGGAAGUGGGAGGGCAGACCUUUAAAACACUCCGCGAAACACUGGUGCAUCAAAGUACCUUUUUUGCAUCUCUUCUUUCUGGUCGAUGGAAUUCCAAGUCUCCCGACGGUUCGUACUAUGUCGAUGCUGAUCCCAACCUAUUUGAGCACGUCCUCCGAUACCUUCGUCGUGGAGUCUUCCCGAUCUUCUACGACUAUGACAAGUGCCGCCACGACUAUCACAUGUAUUUGGCCCUUCUUGGUGAGGCUAGGUACUUUGGGAUUCACAGCUUGGGGGAUUGGCUGAAAAAUGAAGGAUAUCACGACGCUGUGGAGGUCAGUCUAACACUGAAGACGAUAUCCGAUACUCGUCGCCAUCACGAAUCUCUACCGCCGUGUGGACAUGUUGAGCAUCAAUUGAUCCGUCAGGAGGACAAGAUUUACCAGUACUGUAAUGGCGACGAAAACAAGCUCGCAGGCUGUGAGGUCAAGACUAGAUAUCAACUUCUUCUAGUGAAAAGGUUCAUACGGUUCAAUCCUAGGAAGUGUCUAAUGUAA